AUGCUCAACAAAUCAGCACACGUGUUGGCUUCAUCAUCCUUCUGUAACAAGAGAUUAUUAUUGGCUUCAGCAGCUGGUAAUGCUUUUGGUGCGAGUACACGGGUAGUAAAUGUACCAGUUUUACAACAUCAUAAUUCCAUCUCAAUUUCUGCAGCAGCUCAAACUUCUUUCAUCGGAACCACGAGAGCCUUCUCGACCCAUGCCACAGUGGGCUCAGCUCAUCAACAAGAACACAUUACCUCAUCAUCACCAGUAUCCUUCGGAGAAUAUCAUCAAAGAACUCAAUAUUGUGGAGAAGUUAAUCAGGAAUCUCUAAUUGGAAAGUCAAUCAAAAUCAAUGGAUGGGUGGAGAAUAUUCGAGUGAUUAAUCAACAUGAGUGUGUCUUCUUGACAAUUCGUGAUGUUAGUGGAGUCGUACAAGUCAUUCUGAAAAACAAAGAAUUGAUUGACUAUUUGAAAGAAAAUGAAGUGAAACCUGAAAGUGUCGUUUUUGUGAAGGGACAAGUCAACAAGCGUCCUCAAGAUAUGAUCAAUGAAAAGAUGACCACUGGAGCUUUUGAAAUUGAGGCCACAGAAUUGGUGCUCCUCAAUAGAGCCAAGACCUUGCCGCUGCAAUUAGUGAAUGCCGAAGAAGAAAUUCGUCUCAAGUACAGAUAUCUUGAUUUAAGAAGAAGACAAUUGGUCGAAAAUUUGUCCAUCCGUUCAAAAGCUUUGGCCAUCACACGAAAAUAUUUUGGAGAAAUGAACAGAUUCCUUGAAAUCGAGACACCCACUCUUUUCAAGUCCACUCCUGAGGGAGCUCGUGAGUUUCUUGUGCCUACACGCCAACGUGGAAAAUUCUAUGCUCUCACUCAGAGUCCACAGCAAUACAAACAAUUGCUGAUGGUUGGUGGUAUGGACAGAUAUUUCCAAAUUGCAAGAUGUUAUCGUGACGAGUCGGGAAGAAUGGACAGACAACCUGAGUUUACUCAAAUCGAUCUUGAGCUCUCCUUCCUCACACAAAAGGAUAUUUAUGUGCUGAUUGAGAACUUUUUGAAAAUGUUGUGGAAAGAAAUUUUGGGAAUUGAUAUCAAGACUCCAUUCCAACAAAUGAAAUACAGAGAUGCCAUGGAUCUUUAUGGCAGUGACAAGCCAGAUUUGAGAUACGAAGAUUUGAAAUUUAGUAAUGUCACUGAAGCAUUCAAAAAUGAAAAGUGUCAUAUUGAUGUUAUUAAUCAAACUCUUGCAAGUGAUGGUUUUGUAUAUGCACUCAAGGCAAAACAGAUUGGAGGCUUAAUGACAAGAAAGCAAUCCGAUCAAAUUGUAGAAAAAGCAAAGAGUGUCGAAAAAACACGUCUCAUCUUGGCCACCAAGAUUGGCAGCGAGCCAACAUUCCUUAAUAACAAGCUCACAGAAAAGCAGCAACAAUAUCUUCGAGAAAAGCUCCAACUUGCCGAAGGAGACAUGCUCAUUUUGUCUGUUGACCCUGAUUGGGAAACCACAGUCAAGGGAUUGGGACGAGUGAGAGAACAAUGUGCCAAAUACAUGACUGAACAAGGUAUUUACCAAUUCAAUACCGUUGAAGAGAAGUAUAGAUUUUUGUGGGUCAUUGAUUUCCCACUCUUUGAAAAGGCCAAAGAUCAAUUCGGUCAGGCUCAUUUGCACACCUCACGAGGACUCUCGAGUAUGCAUCAUCCAUUCACUGCUCCACAUCCAGAUGAUAUCAAUUACUUGUAUAGCAAUGACGUGAAAGAUAUUUUGAAGGUUCGUGGACAACAUUAUGACUGCGUGUUGAAUGGUGUCGAAUUAGGUGGAGGAUCCAUUCGUAUUCACAACGCCGACAUGCAAAAAUAUGUUUUAGAAAAGGUUUUGGAAUUGGGUGAGGAGAGAACAAUGGUGAGAUUUGGACAUCUUAUUGAAGCAUUGAGUUAUGGAGCUCCUCCACAUGGCGGUUUGGCACUUGGUUUCGAUCGUUUGGUUGCUCUCAUUUGCGGCGAGGAGAGAGCCAAAACAUUGCGAGAUGUGAUUGCAUUCCCUAAGAGUGCUUCUGGAAAUGAAAUUAUGACACAAGCACCAGGACAGGUGGAGCCUGAACAAUUGCAAGAAUUAUUCAUUAAUGUUGUUGAAGAACGUUAA